AUGCCAAAAGCCCCGGCUUUGCUCCAUCUGAACUUGGCUCCUGACAACAAUGAGGAUCUUAAUGGUCUGACCCCCGCGACGCUGAGCCCUCGCUCGACGGGCUCUCCUCACACUCCACGAUCAGCGCCGACCUCCCCAUAUCUGCAAGCCGGCCCUCCACCCUCUUUCAUGUCGCAUCAGGUGUCUGUAUCUCAAGACAGUCGAAACGAUGGCUCCCGCACGGGACCCAGCUCUCCCCGGAUAACAGCAAUGCCCGAAUUUCCUCCUUCACCUGUUCCUCAAUCACCAAAGCAUGCCCGAGAUCCGUCCAAGGGCUUCUUCUCCAACCUGAUGGCUUCGAAAUCAUCCCACAAACUGCAUGCUUCGGAAACUAGCAUUGCAGAGAACGGAGAAAAGCCGAACGCAAGGAGUCGGGCUAGUUCAAAAGAGAGGUCUCUCCACUCGGUGAAGAAGCAAGGGUCAACUCCAGAAUUGCCGAAGGCUGUAUCAAGCAAUGGCCCAAGCAAUGGCUCCAGCAAUGAGAACGAGCUUCCAGUCUCGUCGGAGCCGAUCCCUUCUCAGCCCGCUCUGGAGCCUGUACCAGCGGCCAAAAAGACAAAGUCGAAGUUUGGUGGCAUUCUCACAAGGACCAAGACCGUGAAAAUGGAGGAAACAACACCCAAGCAGAAGCAUCCGCCGCCAAGUCAUCUGCAACUGGACACCUCUAAUGCCGGCAAUGACCACGCCGACACAUCUCCAAGGACUGCACCCAUCAAAUUCGACCACCGAGAUAGGGCAUUUGGCCUGGAGAGCGGUGCAACCGUCCGAAACCGCUCAGUAGAUCGACAAACCCGUGACGACUCGCAAUCAGUGAAGAGAGAUCGGCAGGCUGGAAACAUACCCGCGUCCCAUUCCUUCCGAGAGGGCUCAACCCUUCAAAUUUUAUCGAACCUUGGGCAGACUGGCAAAGGUGUGGGAGACCGCAUUGGCAAGGCCGGCAAGGGCUUUUUUGGCAAGAUUACCAGGAGUGGGAGCAGUAACGAGCGCGAACCUUUGACGGUCACGGAUGACAAUUACGUAUGCACGACAAUCAACCUUCCACUUGUUAAGCAAACCCGGAAGACCAGGAUAGCACGACGUCUGGAGUCAUCCAAGGAUAAGACCGAAUUCUGGAUGCCGGCCUUGCCAUGGCGUUGUAUUGACUACCUCAAUAUGAAUGGUGCUGAAGAAGAAGGCCUGUAUCGGAUACCUGGCAGUAACAGAGAUGUGAAACACUGGCAGCGGCGCUUCGACACCGAAUACGAUAUUAACCUCUUUGACGAACCCGAACUGUAUGAUAUAAACACCAUCGGGUCAAUGUUCAAAUCUUGGUUGCGAGAAUUGCCUGACGAGAUCCUUCCCAAAGCCGUCCAAAACAAAAUUGCUACCCAGUGCGCUGGGGCUACUUCGGCGCCUCAGUUACUGAAAGACGAACUGUCGCGUUUGCCGCCUUUCAACUACUACCUGUUAUUCGCCAUCACGUGCCACCUCAGUCUACUCAACAGCUAUGCAGAGAGGAACAAAAUGGACUAUCGAAACCUGUGCAUUUGCUUUCAGCCUUGCCUGAAGAUCGAUGCCUUUUGUUUUCAAUUUCUAGUCAUGGACUGGAAGAAUUGCUGGCAGGGCUGCUGGACUGAAAAGGAGUACCUGGAAGAAGAAUAUCGGUACGAGCGGGAAGGUUCGAUCAAUGAAAGUGAGGACCUGGCCAUCGAUGAGAGGGCCAUCUCUUCCAGUGGCAGCAGUCAACAACAGCAACAACCGCCACCACCGCCGCAACAACCAUCAAAUGCUCCACAGGCUUCUACACAGCAGCCCGUCCCUCCUCGAACGGCAGACGCAGCGGCACAGCGCAAGUCAAUGGCGCCCAGGACACAACAGAGAAGCCUGUCUCAAGGUGGAAGUGCUCGAGACAGAUCUAACAGUGCGCAUGCGCCUAGCCAGUCGGCACCCGCUGUACCACGGAUGGUGACGCCGGAGCCUCCAAAACUGUCGCUUGACCAAAAAUUACCCGAGCUGACAGGGCUCUCUCCCAUCAGAAUGUGA